AUCACUAAUACUUCACUAUCAUUGUCAAUGUCAAAUUGCCAUACGUCAUUCAUAUUUCAUUCAUGAUUCUCCUUUUUCAAAAUUGAAAAUUCAAUUCAAUGUUUCAGUGGUUUCAUUGUCUGCUUGAAUGAUAUUUUCGGGGUUUUAAUCAAAAUAAAUAAAUCGCACAGUGGAGAUUGAAUAACGUGAAUUAAUAAGUUGUUAUCAUGAACUUAAUAAGUUAUUCUUACAAGUGUGUAAUAAAAAAAAGACUGUUAUAGUUCGAUAGGAACUCCUGAAUAGAAGGGCGUGAAAAAUAUUUUUAACAAUGGAUUGGAUAAUAUCUGAUGAAUUAGGGCUUACCGUGGGCCAUUUAGUCGGCUGGGGUGCAGCUACGGCUAUGAUUGUAGGAGGAGUAGCCCCAUACAUUCCACAGUAUAGACAAAUUAAAAGAACGCAGGAUGCUGAAGGAUUCUCCCUAUAUGUUUGUUUGACGCUAUUAAUAGCAAAUACAUUGCGAAUAUUGUUUUGGUUUGGCAAACGCUAUGAAAUACCAUUAUUAAUUCAAAGUAUAGUAAUGAAUGCAACAAUGUUUGCUAUGAUCCAUCUUUGUGUGAAUGUACGGAAAAAAAAUCAAAUUAUUAGAGCAAGAGAGCGAAUAUUCACAGGUGCAAUAUUCAUGUUAUAUAUACUAUUAUGUUGUGUAAACGGCUCAGCUCAGCCAGACGAUACAGCGCAGUGGUUGGGACAACGCAGUGGCAUCGUUGGUGGGGAAAAACCACAUCGUUUUUAUGAUAUGGACAGAAAGUAUUUCUGGGCGUGGACGGACUUCCAGAGCUACGUAGACUGUAUGCUAGUAUUCUCAGUAUUUGGUGCAGCUAUCACAUACCUGUUGAUAGAAUUCUCGCCGUUUGUGGAACUGAUCGGGUUUCUCGCCGUAUUCACUGAAGCCAUGUUAGGGGCACCGCAGAUAGUUAAGAACCUAGGCAACAAAAGUACGGAAGGCAUGAGCCUAAGCAUGGUGAUAAUGUGGACUUGUGGAGAUUUAUUUAAGACUGCUUAUUUUGUUAUAAGAGAAGCGCCCGCACAGUUUUGGGUGUGUGGCAGCUUACAAGUAUUGUUAGACAUUAUUAUACUCAUACAAGUGUGGCUGUACCGACAAAACACCGCAGCGGCGCGGCGCGUCCGGCGCGGUGACUAGCAGUGGACGGAGACCGACUUAUAGCGCUCACUGCGCUCUUCCCGCUACCGCCGACCAGCCCCGGCACUGCCCCGCUUCCUCUCCACUUUAUGACGAACAAUUUACUUCUGAUGAACCACGUGUGUAUCCUAUUAUAUUUGUUAUAAUCCCCGUUACACAGAGUACCUAGUUAGUCAGAGUUCAUAAUUGUGACGACAUUACAAUUAAAUCUAAAAGUGCGCACCCUGUGUUCUUCCACGGUAGCUACUAUACUGACCGGUCGUCACUAUCUUGUGUCAAACAAUUUACUUCUGAUGAACCAGUUGUGUAUCUUAUUAUAUUUUUUAUAAUCCCCGUUACAUAAAAUACCUAGCUAGUCAGAGUAUGUGGCGACGACCAAAUUACAAUUAAAUCUAAAAGUGCGCACCCACCAUUCUGCCACAGUACUAUCCCGCUCAGUGGUUCAAAUUUUAUCACGAGCAAUUUACUUCUGAUGAACCACUUGUGUAUCCUAUUAUAUUUGUUAUAAUCCCCGUUACACAGAAUACUUAGCUAGUCAGAGUAAGUGGUGGCAACCACAUUACAAUCAAAUCUAAAAGUGCGCAUCCUCCGUUCUGCCACGGUGCUAUCGCGACCGGUCGUCUAUACUUACGACGAUCAUUACUUCUGAUGAACCACUUAUGUAUUCUGUUAUAUUUGAUAUAAUCCCCGUUACACAGAAUACUUAGCUAGUCAGAGUAUGUGGUGACAACCACAUUACAAUCAAAUCUAAAAUUGCGCAUCCCCUGUUCUGCCACGGUGCUAUUCCGACCAGUCUAAACCUUAUGUCGAGCAAUUUACUUCUGACGAACCACGUCUGGUGUACCCUUUUAUACUUUUUAUGAUCCCUUUUACACAAAGACUAAAUGGCCCUUCCACUUUAUCUACCAUGGCGACGACGGAUAUAAAACUUACACCCGUAUUCACAAACGUUACUAUGAGGUCUCACAGUGCGCUCGAACGCACAGUGUCCGUUCCACCAAUCAGAUGACCGUAUCACGUCAAUUUACAAUGAUCUGAUUGGUGGAACCUACACUAUGCGUUCGAGCUUACUGUGAGACCUCAUAGUAACGUUUGUAAAUACGGCCGUUAAUCAUGUGGUUAUUAUUCAGUGUUAACAAUUGAGUCGACAAACUUAAAGUCAAAAA